ACAGUUGGCGAUUAGCAUUAUAGUUGAUUACAAUAUUUUGAAUCAAAGAGUAAACUGUAACGUAAUAAAUUAUUUGAUUUGAAGAAAUUUAACGUGUACGUUAGUGAGAUCAUGAUAUCGAGGACUAUUGUCAUUUUAUAAAUUAAUAUACCGUCAUUAAUCUUGAUAUAGAUAUAAGUGUAAAAAAUGUCUACACCUGGAAGUAGUACGACACCGGCCGCCACAGUACAGGAGUAUAAAAUAAGAGUGCCAAAGAAUGUAAAGAAGAAAUAUCAUGUUAUGAGGUUCAAUGCCACAUUGAAUGUAGAUUUUGCAAAAUGGACUCAUGUCAAGAUGGAGCGAGAGAACAACAGCAAAGAAUUCAAAGGAGCUGAAGAGGAAAUGCCCAAAUUUGGUGCAGGCUCGGAAUACGGACGGGACAUGCGUGAGGAAGCACGUCGCAAGAAAUUCGGUAUAAUAUCAAGAAAGUACAAACCGGAAGACCAGCCGUGGAUCCUGAAAGUCGGUGGAAAGACCGGCAAGAAAUUCAAAGGUAUUCGUGAAGGUGGAGUAUCAGAGAAUGCUGCAUAUUAUGUGUUCACUCACGCAGCGGAUGGCGCAAUAGACGCCUAUCCACUCCAGGAAUGGUACAAUUUCCAACCGAUUCAGAGAUACAAAGCGCUGUCAGCUGAAGAAGCCGAACAGGAAUUUGGCAGGCGUAACAAGGUAAUGAAUUUCUUCUCGUUGAUGUUGCGGAAACGGUUGCGCGGAGUCGACGAUGCAGACGAAGAGGACCCAGACGAAAAGAAAGCUAAAGGGAAAGCUAAAAAAGACCUCAAGAUAUCCGAGAUGGACGAAUGGAUAGACUCCGACGACGCUUCCUCGGACUCCGGUGCUGGUGAAAAAGAAAAGGAAGAGGACAGUGACUCUGGGGCUAAAAAGAAGAAAAAGGGUAAAGGUCCGCCCCCCAAGAAGAAGCGGAAAGUAAAUGACGAAGCGUUCGAAGAGAGCGACGACGGGGACGAGGAGGGUCGGGAGAAGGACUACGUGUCCGACUCCUCGGAGAGCGAAUCGGACCACGAAACUAAAACUAAUAAGGAACUCAAAGGAGUGGCAGAAGAAGACGCGCUCAGGAAACUGCUGACGUCCGACGAAGACUCCGAAGAGGAGCAGGAGCAGAAACAGGAGUCUGAACACGAGGACGAGCCCACUAAGGAAGGCGAAGAGAGAGCCAGCAAGCUCACCAAGAAAAAGAAGAAAACUGACGAAACAAAAAAAGAUUCGAGCAGCGACUUCAGCUCUGACUCUGACACGGAGCCCGAGGCUGGCAACACUAAGAAGCCGAAGAAGAGUAAGAAUGUCGACAAGAACGCGGCUGCCGGCGCUUCGGGAGCAGCGGGCGGCGGCGGGGCGGGGGCUGCGGGCGGGGAGGCGGCGGCGCCCAGCGCGGCGGCGGCGGCGGUGGCGGCGGCGGCGGCGGCGAGCGCGCAGCAACCGCCCAGCAAGAGACCCAAGCUCGACGCCUCGUACACCGAAUGCGGGGUGACGGAAGAGGCUGUGCGGAGGUACCUGGCGAGGAAGCCGAUGACCACGACUGAGCUGCUCACCAAGUUCAAAUCGAAACGCACCGGAGUCAGCAGCGAGCGCUUGGUCGAAACCAUGACACAGAUACUGAAGAGGAUCAACCCUUUGAAGCAGAACAUCAACGGGAAAAUGUAUCUCAGCAUUAAAUGAUCCCGCAAUAUAUACAUAUAUAUAUCGAGAGGCGAAAGGAUAUUUAGUUGAAUCCUUAGACUGCCAUGUAGGUCACCGGUGCCCUACGCGGCGCACUGAAGUAAUUACGUGGUAGCACCUCUUGUGAAUUUACACGAGUAG